UUUUGCAACAUUACCUUCCAUUAAAUCGUCUGAAAUGGCAAACGAAACAGAUCAUGAAAUGAUAAAUCAGCUGAGUUUCUAUGGAAAUAUUGGCAUUGAUCAACUAGUUUGUCAAUACAUUGAGAAACACGGAUCCAGGGGCAUAUAUCUUGGGGAUAAUCCCCUCCAUCACCCAACUACUAUGCUAAUGACUCAGAUUAUUCUUAUAUUCACUGUUGGUAGAAUUGGUCAUCUCUUGAUGAAACCUUGUCAUCAAAUACAAUUCAUUUCACAGAUUGUGGCCGGUAUCAUAUUGGGUCCCUUAUUGCUUGGUCGACUACAUUCAGGUUAUGAGUUGUUGUUUCCAUUAGCAAGUAGAAUGACACUUUCAACAUUUGCUGAAUUUGGAAUGAUAAUUUACUUCUUCAAGAUAGGGGUGCAGAUAAAUUACAAAAAUUUCUUGAAGUUUGAAAAGCAGGCAAUGGCUAUUGGUUUAGUAGGCCAGUUGUCUUCUAUAUUACUUGGUACUGCAGUUUUCAUUAUUGUUAGUUCCUAUUUGAAGACUGACUUGGAAGGUAUUAGUGGCAUUGUGGUUUUUUCUUCUUUGACCGCAUUUCCUACUAUAACUAGCUUCCUCAAUGAGAUGAACAUCCUAAAUUCAGAGAUUGGGCGCAUGGCAAUAUCUACUUCCUUGGUUAGUGAUAAAUGCACGUGGAUUUUAUUUUUUUUUGUAGUCAACAAUGUUAAAGCUUUGCAACAACGGUCAUUUAUACCUGUUGUAGUGUUGGUUGGGACAAUUUGUUAUUUCACUACUCUAUUCUUCUUGCUAAGGCCACUGGUUAUAUGGAUCUCCCAUCGCAAUCCAAAGGGAAAGCCUAUGACAGAAGGAUAUUUCUUAGCAAUCUUGUUCAUACUUCUAUUUCUUGGAUUAUCUGCACAAGUGGCUGGACAACCUGCUUUCGUUAUUGCUUUUUGGUUUGGCUUGAUCUUGCCUGAUGGUCCCCCAUUAGGUUCUGUUUUGGCAGAAAGGAUUGAUACGAUUGGUUCUACUUUAAUUAUUCCAGCUUACUGUACUAUAAGUGGGUUGAGCACAAUUGUUCCCCCAUUAACAUCAGAGGCAAUAUGCAUAGAGGCUAUCUUACUUGCAGGACUAGUAGGAAAGUUUGGAGGCACCAUUAUACCCUCACUUCACUUUAAGAUUGAUUUUUGGGAUUCUAUUGCUUUGUCUCUAAUCAUGUGCUGUAAAGGCCUUAUAGAUCUCGCCCUCUACACCUUAUUAUUUAAAAAUAAGGACAUUGGGGAACUGCCUUACACCCUUCUAAUAUAUACUUUGGUGGGUGUAACUGGGUUUGCAACUAUAGUUAUUUAUUACAUAUAUGAUCCUUCAAAGAGUUAUAUGAACUACACCAGAAAAUCAAUCAAGGACUCCCAGAAGGACCUUGAAUUUAAAGUACUUGUCUGCAUCUACAACGAAGAAAAUGUGUAUCCAAUGAUCAACCUUCUCCAAGCCUCUAACACUUCAAAGACUACACCACUUUCAGUCUUUAUUCUACACCUUUUGGAGCUUGCUGGAAGGGCAGAACCCAUCCUUACAAAAAAUGAGAACAUUAACAAGUCAUAUCCUCAUGAAGAAGCUUCCUCUCAACACAUAAACAACGCCUUUGAUAAAUUUCAACAACACAACAAAGAAAGUGUCAUGUUGCAGUGCUUUAUUUCAAUUGCACCAUUUGCAAGCAUGCAUGAUGACAUAUGCUACAUUUCAAUGGACACAAAAUCUCACAUUGUUAUCAUGCCAUUCCAUAAGCGAUGGUCCAUCAAUGGAGAUGUUGAGGUUUCCAAUGCUUCAAUCAGGACAGUAAACCAGAAAGUUAUGAGGAAAGCUCCUUGCUCAGUUGGAGUCUUAAUUGAUAGAAGCGAGAUGAGUGGAGAACUAUUAGUUGCUUAUGAGAAAUCACUAUGUGAAAUUGCCAUUGUCUUCUUAGGUGGUGCCGAUGACCAAGAGGCACUGGCUUUUGGUUUGCACAUGGCUCAACAUCCAAAUGUUAGACUUACAGUGUUUUGGAUAAGGGUUGAAAUGCUAAAAAAACAAAGAAAUAUGAAUGACCCUUAUAUUGAAUUGAUAGAGCAUAUAAAGUAUAAUCCUAACCUUACAGGGAAGGUGAACUUUAAGGAGGAGAUUGUGGAAGACGGGAUAGGAACAACACAUAUAAUCCGAACAAUGGAAGGACAUUUUAAUUUGGUUAUAGUGGGUAGACACCAUAGAGAAAACUUUGAAUGUACACUAGGCUUGACAGAAUGGUGUGAACUCCCAGAGCUUGGGCCAGUUGGGAACCUUUUAGCCUCAGAUUUUACAUUUUCAGUUUUGGUGGUGCAACAACAAUCCUUCAAUUUUGAUUUUGGAUGUAUUAGGUGAAUCUCAAGAAAAGAAUAUACAUACAUAUACAUUUAUAUACGAGAAAAAAAUAUACACAUAUAUGAGAAAUGUGAUGUUAUAUGAGAAAAUAAGAAUAAAUCAUGAUUAUUAGAUCUAAUCAUAAAUGGUCAAGAUUAAAACAAUUAAA